UGCACCUGGAUUCCUAAGGAUUAGCAACAGGCUUGCUUCCGAGUUCUUGAAUCCCUUCCAGCUUUGUCCAAAACCUUUUUUUUUUUUUUCUUUUUAGUUUUUGGUUUGUAACACGCUAAGAAGGGAGGGGAAAGGGGACUGACUGCAGGAGGGAUGAGCAGCAGUGGGCUGGUUCUGAGCACCCCAAAUCUUGAAGAAAGUACAGUGUUUACGCAAUUAAACCCAGUCACAAUGUCCAGGGAGUCUGCUGAAGACACUUCGGUCUUUGAAGACAUCAAACCUGCUAUAAGGAUCUUGGAAAACCAACAUGAGUUGGCGCAGCUUACUCCAUUGAGGAUGGAGCAGCGAAUGCAGCUUACUAUGGAGGCACGUUCUGAAAUGGACAAGUACCUCGCCAGUCAGCUGAUGCCAGUUCCAAUGGUGCCAGACAAGAAGUACCGAAGAGAGAGCGCCUCUGUGGUAGAUGAGUUCUUCUCGACAGAGAAGCCCUCCUCCACGCCAUACAGCGUGAACAUCAAUGUGAUACUGCCUGACACCACACACCUGCGAACCGGGCUCUACCGGCCUGCCAAACCCCUCACCCCAUUCCCACAGAUCAAAACAGAGCCUGGCACCAGCUUCACCCAGCCCUGCUCAUCCACGGCAGGCUCGACGCAGACGCUGCCGGAUUUCACCAGUGUCUUCAGCAUGCCACAGUCAGUGGCGGUGAACAAUAUCUUCAUCAAGCAGGAGAUGCCCUCAGAGAUCCCUUUGUCUGGCAGCCCGCAGCAGGCCCAGCUUUACCAGAUGCCCAUUGGAAAUGGUGAUGCUGAUGUCGCCACAAUGGUGUCCUCUACUGGCAGCACCACAGCCAUCAACACCAUCAGCGGCGUCACCAUGUCCACCGGCAGUGCCAUGCUCCCCAGACCCAUCCAGCCUGGCGGACAAGUGAAGCACUUCCAAAAUGUCUCCCAAGGUCAGGGGAACUUCAACAUCACGGGGCAUUUCUACCCUGUCCCAGGACUGAACCUGCCCCCUUCACCUCCAAACUCACAGCCUGGCAGCCCUGAGAAUCAACCUGAGCUCAUCAACACCAUCUCGCCCCCACCCUCCUAUGAAGCCACAUUUGGACUGAAGCUGGUACAGUCGUCCCAGAUCCCCACACUCCCAAAUGGUCUUGGGACCCUCUCCCAAGGGCACAUUAUCAUGCCAACCCCCAAAUACAACAGACGCAACAACCCAGAGCUGGAGAAAAGGAGGAUCCAUCACUGUGAUUACCCAGGUUGCACAAAAGUUUACACCAAGAGUUCCCACCUGAAAGCACAUCAGAGAACUCACACAGGAGAGAAGCCAUACAAAUGCACCUGGGAAGGCUGCGACUGGCGCUUUGCCCGCUCCGACGAGCUUACCCGGCACUACCGCAAGCACACAGGCGCCAAGCCCUUCAAGUGCCUAGCCUGUGGGCGCUGCUUCUCCCGCUCUGACCACCUGGCUCUGCACAUGAAGAGACACCAGAACUAGUGGCAGAGCUCCUGCCUCGCCCUUGCCUCCCUUCCAGGAGCAGCUGGGACGCCUUCUUAGACGGAUGACUCUUCUUGUACAUAGGAACAAAACCAUGCUGUGAUCAAAUGGCAAUGUGUGAGCUCUGUGCACGCUUCCUCCUGUCACCAAGGUACUCUUAGUUAAAGGAUGAUUAAAACUAUAUCUGUAUCCUGGCCAGGAUCCCACUUCCUGACCAGGAGAUGUUCCUUGGACUCCAGGACUCUCCCUUCCAGUGAAUUUUCUAUUUAUUUUUCACUAUGAAGCAAUUUUCCUUUUUGUUUCAAACUCUUUGGAGCCUUCCCUUCCCUUUUGGGAUCUGCCUCUGGUUGGGAAUGAGCAGAAAUAUGUUGGGCGGAUGCGCCACUGGGCUAGCCAGCUGUUGGGAGGGCUUUAUCAAGUUCUUUGUGGAGCCUUCUUGGACUGAGCUAUUCCAUAACCAAGUUGCCACCAGCAGUGUAGCACACAGGACAUCCAGGCCAUGCAAGAAUAGCAGUGAGUGUUCAUGGAUUGUUUGGAAAGUCGGGUCUUCAGUCUUCACCCUUGUGGUUGCAAGAAACAAGGGCAGGAAAACCUAUCCCCAAGAAGUGCUGCCACAGCUGGGACAGAUCCAAAGCAGACAACAAAGCUGUUGUUCAUGCUCCACUGAGACCAGCUGAUAUUUCCUGCAAGAGAGGUCGCUUUGGUUGUGAAUUCCUAGAUUUCUUUGCCAGACAUGUCCAACACUUGGCCCUUAGCAUUUCUGCUUGGAGGAUGGUUUUAGCUUUUGCUCUCUCUGUUGUGAGAACCAGGCUGGCUUUCAGGGGCAGGAAGUGGCCAGUCCCACAAAGAAAAAAAAAAAGAAGACACACUGGUUUCCCAGAAUGCAUCGUGCCUUUGAUUUCCAAGGAUACAUUGAGUGGGGCCCCCCUCAGGCCUCAAACACAAGAGACUGGUCGUUACAAACCACUUUUUCCUGUUGUCAUUUUUGCAUUUUACUACGUUCAGAAAAGCAGCUUUGAAAAUGAACUUGUGCAAACUGUGAUCAUGUUACCUACCUCACAGGUUCAUGGCCCCACGCUCUGCAAGGAACCUUCACUUGUCUUCCUCAGAAUGCCUCGAUGUGCAGUGUACAGGGGAGACCCCUGGAGCACAUGAAAAGUUAAACAUGGGCAGAGUAAGAAUAGGCUAUGCCCACUGAAACUGCAGCAAUGUAGUAGAUAAGAAACAAAUCAGGACAUGUAAUCAGCCUAGCAUGUUCAACAGUACUUUGAUUUUUCCUGGCGAACAAAUGUAAAUAAUGUACAGACAGUGAUGUGUGAUAGAAAAUCAACCAAUAAGCAAAAUCACAUGGGCUGUGGAGAUUCUGGAAACUUUAUCCCACCUGCAGCCUACAAGUCAAAUGCGGCCCAUCAUUGCCCUGAAGGAAGCCAAUCAAACUUCUGGUGAACAUAGCCAGUCCUGUAUAUCUGUCCAAGAAGAUACAAGGGAGGGCAGAUGUCAGGGCUUGUGCAUGCUCGUUAGUUACUCAGUUAGGUUUACACAUGCAUUACUGUAGAUGUGCCCCUGGGAUUCCUGGCAAGUUGCCCACAAAGUCUCAAUGUUUCAUCUGUCCCUGAUUCAGCGCUUUCUAAGCAGCUUAUCUCUCCAGUCCAGGGGGCACAUGUUAGGCCACGUCAAUUACCCAACUGCAGUGAUUCAUUAGGAUUAAACUUCAGUGACCUCCAGAUGUUCAGGUGGAGCUGGGAGCGGAGAAGUCUCUGCAGAGCUUGGCCCUGGGUCUGUAAAAAGGGACAUGGCUCAUGUCUUGGCUUGUUGAGCUGCAUUCCCUGGGCUUACCAGCUCUGACUUGAUUCUGCUCUUCAGACUUGCCAGCUCACCUGAGUUCCUUGCCAAAUGGUCGGGGAAGCUCUGAUGGCUGUGUCCUCCAGCAUGCUCCCUGCCUGCCUGCCCCGCCUUUGCUGUUUUGACCCUGACAAAUGGCAGAUGCCCAGUCAGGGCCUCCAAAGCAAGGCUUGAAAAGCAGUCAGAGAGGAUAGUCAUAACUGGAGCCAAAAUAAACGAGGAAGUGAGCUGAGGGUGCAAGUCUGAAUUGCACCCACCCCUUUCUAGGGUAUUUUGGAGGCGCCUCAAUGCACCGCCGUCAGGGGCUGCAUUUCUUUAAUAAAAGGCCCUUGUUAUAAUACAAGGAUCCCUGGGGAAUUGGUAUGUGCCAUAUGUUGUUGUAAAGGAUGCAUUAUUUUAUCAUGUACUUUGUCAAAUAGGUGUGUAUGUGCACAUAUGUGUGUGUGCGUGUGUGAAUAUGUAGGGUGUGUGUGCAUGUGCAGGGGUGUGUGUGUAUGUGUUUAGGGCAGCAUCUGCUUCAUUGUCACAGAUUCUGGUGUGCACAGGAACAUGGCAAUGAGGUGGUGGUCCUAAUUCUCCAGUGCUCAGUUUAUAGGGUGGAGUUGGUGGCCUCUGAUAUACAAGAGAUCAGAUCAGAAAUCCUAGAUCAUCUAGUCUUCAACUCUGAUGCUACGGUUCUCUGUGUACAUGGCUUUUUCCCUUUUAGUUCAUGACUUGCCUUAAAUAAAGCUUCAUAGUAAGCAUUUAAUCCUGAGCUCUGACCAAUGCUAUACCAGCAAACACCAUGUUACAUCAGAGCACGGCCAAUCCCAGGCAUGCCUUUUUCUGGGCUCGGUGUGCCAUGAAUCCAUCAGUGAGAUGCCUCUCACUGAAUCUGUACUCCACCAGUUGUGCCAGCAUGCAUCCAUUUGUAGAGAGAGGUUCUCUGUGUGGAUCCUACUGUAUGACUGCAGGGUGGGAAAGUUCUCUGUGCACUAAGAAAGGUCUUGCUGUUGAGAAUGUUCAGGCCUUCUGUACUGCAUGCAUGCACGCACACACAGAGUCUCUGUCAUUUGGGAUUAUCUAAACUGGAAGGCAUUUCAUUGUAAGACAACAACACGUUUAACCAGUCACAUCUCCUGGCUGCUGGAAGUUAGGGCUGGGUGGAUGGAUUGCGUGGGAAGCCAAACUAGCCAUGUUGGAGCCUGUCGAGCCCAACCCAGUGUUGGCUUGUGUUCAGCUGACAUAGCAUUGCGAUAUAUUGCACAUGCAAGGCCUUUCCUACCAUCCCUUUGCUCACACACACACAGAUCCCAAAUACCCACAACACAGGAUCCUAAUGAUUAGCAGCCUGGUUAUAACAGUUCCAUAGAAUAGGCAGCUGGAGAAUGCAACAUUAGCUAAUCAGAAUCAUGACUCUCAAGGUUGGGGUACAUGUUGACCACAUUCUACUGUCUAGCUCUGUGGGCAACCCUCUUGGACACAUUGAGAAGAGCCACAUUCUGCUUGUGGAUUUGAGGGAGUACAGAGCCCACAGUGUGAAAGGCUGGUGGGAGAUCCUCUCAUAAAGUAUCACAUCAGCCGCACUAUAACAGCACAACGAGGGAGUAAUAAGUCUUUACCUGCAAAGGGCUUUGUUGUAGCAGCCUUAAGACUGGAUUUUGCAUGGCAUCCUGUGUGCUUUUGUUUUUUGCUUUUAAAUGCUAAAUUUCAACAGAAUCAAAGGAAAAUUUCCCUGCAAAAGAGAUGA